GCGGUGCCUGCGCGGGGGCGGGGCGCGCAGCCGGCUGCCCUCUCGCCUCUCUCCCACUCGCAUCCCGCUCGCCGCCAUGGCUCUCCUGCACACUCGCCGGCUCCUCGCCGCCCCGCGCCUCGCUGCCGCCGCCCGCGCCAGCUCAUGGUGGUCCCAUGUGGAGAUGGGUCCCCCCGACCCCAUCCUGGGGGUGACAGAAGCUUUCAAGCGCGACACCAACUCCAAGAAGAUGAACCUGGGUGUGGGAGCAUACCGGGAUGACAAUGGCAAGCCAUAUGUUCUCAACUGUGUUCGCAAGGCGGAGGCCAUGAUGGCAUCCAAAAAGAUGGACAAGGAGUAUUUACCCAUUGCGGGGCUGGCGGAUUUCACCCGGGCAUCUGCAGAACUGGCUCUGGGUGAAAACAGUGAGGCUUUCAAGAGCGGCCGGUAUGUCACUGUGCAGGGUAUUUCUGGGACUGGAUCUCUACGAAUUGGAGCCAACUUUUUGCAACGGUUCUUCAAGUCUAGCCGUGAUGUGUAUUUACCCAAACCAUCCUGGGGCAAUCACACUCCCAUCUUCCGUGAUGCUGGCCUGCAACUUCAGGCUUACCGUUACUACGACCCCAAGACAUGCAGCCUUGACUUCUCUGGAGCCAUGGAUGACAUUUCCAAAAUUCCAGAGAAGAGCAUCAUCCUCUUGCAUGCCUGUGCUCACAAUCCCACCGGGGUGGAUCCCCGGCAGGAACAAUGGAAGGAGUUGGCGGCUGUGGUGAAGAAACGAAACCUCCUCGUGUAUUUUGACAUGGCCUACCAGGGCUUUGCCAGCGGGGACAUCAACCGGGAUGCCUGGGCUGUGCGGUAUUUCAUUGAGCAGGGCAUCAACGUCCUCCUGUCACAGUCUUACGCCAAGAACAUGGGGCUGUAUGGAGAGCGUGCGGGUGCCUUCACGGUGAUCUGCAGUGAUGCAGAGGAAGCCAAGAGGGUCGAAUCACAGCUGAAGAUCCUCAUACGCCCCAUGUACUCCAACCCACCCCUGAAUGGAGCCCGCAUUGCCUCUAUCAUCCUGAACACCCCUGACCUACGGAAAGAGUGGCUCGUGGAGGUGAAGGGCAUGGCCGACCGGAUCAUCAGCAUGCGGACUCAACUGGUGUCCAACCUCAAGAAAGAGGGAUCCUCCCACAACUGGCAGCACAUCACUGACCAGAUCGGCAUGUUUUGCUUCACAGGGCUGAAGCCUGAGCAGGUGGAGCGGCUGACCAAGGAGUUCUCCAUCUAUAUGACAAAGGACGGACGAAUCUCGGUGGCGGGAGUUACAUCAGGCAAUGUCGGUUACCUGGCUCAUGCCAUUCAUCAAGUCACAAAAUAAAGAUGAAGGUGUGUCCUGGAGCUGGUGGCCUUCCCUUUCCCACCGGUCAAAGAUGGGAAGGGAAAGGAAACAAGCAGAAUACUUCCAGCCACAGCACU